CAUGCUGGAUGGCUAUUCGCCUCCGCAAUUCUCCUCGUGAUUUGCCGAGGCCACCAAAUGCGUCAUCUCUCUCUCUAUCACUCUCAUGACAACAUGCCCUCCAGAGUUGCCCUUUCCACAACCAGAAAAGCCAUCGAUAUACCAAAACAACCAAUUCUAAUUCCGCCGUUGUUGCUUUCCAACAGAAGCAGAAGCACCACUUCAACUACUCCCCUCUCGGUCCUACCCUCCCAAUUCUCGGACCUGAGCAAACCAGCAGUCCAAUUCACUGAUGCACAUACCCAUACCCAACACUGUCCUUCUAAACUAUCACAUCUCUUUUACAGCAGCAGCAACCUCUUCUCUCGUUUAAGAUCACCGCCCCAUCUAUCUGAAGCUAGAAGAUUACAUGCUCUCCUGCUCGUUGGUGCUUUCUUCCACCCCUCAACUACUGUUCACAGAGCGUUGGGCUCCCAACUUGUGAACGUCUAUGUCCAAUUCGGCCGUCUCGAGGAAGCACUCCUUGUCUUCCAUAACUUUCCCCAAAAGUCCAAUGUUGCUUGGAAUGGCAUACUCAGAGGCUUUAUUGACGGGGGCCAGUUUUCUCAAGUAAUUGAGUUGUAUCACCUGAUGCUCACCCAAGGCAUGGUCCCCGAUAAUUUCACAUAUCCGCUAAUAUUGAAGGCUUGUUCUGGGUUAUCUGCUGUUGAACAAGGAAGAAAGGUUCAAGAAUUAAUCCAAUUCAAUGAGAAACAAUACAAUCUAAAACCCAAUAUCUAUGUCUACUGCGCCAUGAUUGACAUGUUUGCUAAAUGUGGCAGUUGGAGCGAAGCAUGGAUGUUAUUCGAAAAUAUGCCCGAGAAAGAUUUAGCUUCCUGGACUGCAAUCGUAUGUGGGACUGUGCACAAUGGGGAGUCGCUCCAAGCAAUUCUUUUGUUCCGAAGGAUGAGAGCACAAGGGGUAAGGCCUGAUUCGGUGAUUAUGGCAACUGUUCUGCCGGCUUGUGGCAGAUUGGAAGCUAAGCAAGUGGGAAUGACCUUGCAAGGCUGUGCUGUUAGGAGUGGCUUCCACGGCGAUUUGUUUGUUUCCAACGCUCUAAUGGAUAUGUACUGUAAAUGCGGGGACACCCAUGAAGCCAGCUUAAUAUUUUGCAGCAUGGUGUAUAAGGAUACAGUGUCCUGGAGUACCUUGAUUGCAGGUUACUCGCAAAACUACCAAUACCGUCACAGCAUUGAGCUCUAUCUGGAUAUGAUUAGUUCGGGUGUACGAACUAAUGAAGUCACCGCGGCAAGUGUACUACCUGGAUUUGCCAAGCUCAAACUGUUGAAACAGGGAAAGGAGCUGCAUAACUAUAUCCUGAAACAAGGUUUCGAAUGUGAUGUGGUGGUGGGGAGCACAUUGAUCGAUAUGUAUUUUAAUUGUGGAUCGAGGAGAGAAGCCGAGCAUAUUUUUGAAAGCAUGUCAGAUAGGGACAUCACAAUAUGGAACUCAAUUAUUGCGGGAUGUGUUUCCAGUGAAGAUUUUGAUUCGGUCUUUAGGAUCUUUCGAAGGAUCUGGAAGUCCAAACUUACCCCAAAUUCCAUAACUCUGGUGAGCAUCCUUCCUAUAUGCGGCAAAAUGGGGACUCUUAAAUGGGGCAAGGAAAUUCAUGGUUGCGCAACUAGAAUGAGUCUCGGAAUGGCCGUUUCUGUGGGAAAUUCUCUUGUAGAUAUGUACUGUAAAUGUGGAUACCUAGAAAUUGGAGUCAAGGUCUUUCAUCAGAUGAUGCAAAAGAACGUUGUGACAUAUAAUACAAUCAUCUCUGCUUAUGGGUUCUACGGUUACGCAGAGGAAGCUUUACGUUUCUUCCAUCAAAUGAAUGCCGCAAAAAUAAGGCCAAAUAAAGUCACCUUUGUUGGACUCCUGUCGGCUUGUAGUCAUGCAGGUCUAGUUGAUAGAGGCUGGUUUCUCUACAAUUCCAUGACACGAGAUUAUAGGGUGUUGCCAGACAUGGAACACUACUCAUGCAUGGUGGACCUUCUUGGUAGAGCAGGACAGCUUGUUGAUGCUUGUAAAUUUAUCGGAAGAAUGCCAGUGGAAGCAGAAUUGAACGUAUUGGGGAGCUUGUUAGGUGCUUGCAGAAUCCAUAACAAGGCAGAGCUUGCUGAUUUUAUCGGGAAGCAAAUUUUCGAAAAAGAGUUGGAAGAUGAUUCUUCUGGCUAUCACGUCCUUCUGUCCAACAUAUAUGCAUCCACCGAGAGAUGGGAGGAUGCAGCAAAGGUCCGAACUAUGAUUAAAGGAAAGAGCCUGAUUAAGAUAGCCGGAAGGAGCUGGAUUCAGAUUGGUUUUGGCAUUUAUAUGUUCAAUUCUCGAGAUACAAUGCAUCCAGAGUUCAACAAGAUCCAACAGAUUCUGGACAGUUUGCUCUCGGAGAUGAAGAACAAAGGGUUGUGGUACACGUUGUUUUCCCAUUAUCAUGUUGGUUCUUGAAACCUGAACUUCUCCUUAUUUAAAUGAACUUCUAAAGGACGAUGGCUCUCUCUGGAGGAUCAUACCAUCCCACUUAUUGCACAACAAAAAUAUAAAAUCCUGCCCCAUGUUAUGUGAGGCCUUAUUUUAGGGUCCGGUAGGGGGAGUCCAUGGGUCAUCGAAUUUGGAUUCACGAAUCAACACCAAUUGGGUGUUUUGCUAGUAGGAUGUGGGUGGGACUUGGUGUGGAGUCUACAACAUUCUGAACUUUAAGCUCCAACUUAAUGCCAACAGGAGUGAGUUAUCAAUACCAUAUUGCAAAAUUUAAAAAGAAAAAAAGUUACCCUUCGUAGGACUCAUUUCCCAAAUCUCUGAACUUAU